GGCCACUUGCUUGGAUCGGAAUCUCGGGGCCAACCACUUCCGCGGGGCUCACUUGCCCUGUCCCGUAGACGGGGGUUGUGGUGUGUGCCACGGUUACCGUGGCGGCAAGGCACUGGGCUUGGAAUCCCCGCUCUGGCGCUUGGGCGCGCUAGUCACCACGCCCCUGCCCUAAUCUGAGGAACGGGUGGGAGCAGAGUCUUGUCUCAAAGGACACCCAUCCCAGGUGCAGCGGGGUCGGGUGCAGGUCCCUGGGGAUGGACGCCGAGCCCUGCACAAAGGUCCAGGCGCCAAGGACGCUCGGCCCACCACUUCGCCACCUCCUCCCCGCGCUCGGGUCGCAGGGCCUUCUUGGCCGGUGCCGUCAGCUCCCUCGCGGGGGCGGCAGCCUCGGGGCUGCCAUGGCCCCCAGCCACCUGUCCGUGCGCGAGAUGCGGGAAGAUGAGAAGCCCCUGGUGCUGGAAAUGCUGAAGGCUGGCGUGAAGGACACGGAAAACCGCGUGGCUCUCCACGCUCUCACUCGGCCCCCAGCCCUGCUGCUCCUGGCCGCGGCCAGCAGUGGCCUGCGCUUCGUCCUGGCCUCCUUCGCCCUGGCCCUCCUGCUGCCCGUGUUCCUGGCCGUGGCUGCUGUGAAGCUGGGCCUGCGAGCCCGGUGGGGCUCUCUGCCUCCGCCUGGUGGCCUGGGGGGCCCCUGGGUGGCUGUGCGGGGCUCUGGGGAUGUGUGUGGGGUCCUGGCCCUGGCCCCUGGCGCCACCUCAGGGGAUGGAGCCCGGGUCACUCGCCUCUCUGUCUCUCGCUGGCACCGCCGCCGGGGUGUGGGCAGGAGGCUGCUGGCCUUUGCCGAGGCCCGGGCCCGAGCCUGGGCAGGCGGCAUGGGGGAGCCUCGGGCCCGGCUCGUAGUCCCCGUGGCCGUGGCCGCAUGGGGGGCGGUAGGGCUGCUGGAGGGCUGCGGCUAUCAGGCCGAGGGGGGCUGGGGCUGCAUGGGCUACACCCUGGUGAGGGAGUUCAGCAAAGACCUGUGACUUAAGUGGGGUGGAAGCGCGGGGAGGCAGCGCCCAGCGAGCCCGCGGCCAGCGCCUGCUGUGUGCCCCCGCACCGCUGCGGCCUGCCCAGGGCACAGCAGGCCGAGGACAGAGACCUGCACGCGUGCUGCCCAUCCUGCUGCGGGCCGGCGGCCGUGCUCCCGGCGUGCUGUGUGCAGCAGGAACUCAGAGUGUGCAGAAGGCCCUCUCCCUCCCGGCUCCCAGAGAUGCCCCCGGGUCCCUCUAAACGGAUGUCUCCCUGGUCUGUGAGGCCGGGCCUUCCAGGAGUAGAGGGAGAUACUCAGGGCAGGCCAGGGGCUGAGCUUUCCUUUGCAGCCGGCUGCGGGGGUCCAGACCUCCCUGGGAGCUGGGCGGGGCUGGCAGGCACAGGGCCCAGCCCCAUCUGGUUUUUUUACACCCAUUUGUUAAAUAAAGCUUGGAACCGCU